GGUAAUAGUGAAAUUUUUAAAUACUUUCUAAAAGCAUAUUUAGGAAAAUAUUAUACAAUGAAGAUUUCUUUUAUAUGCCUUCUAUUUUUUACGAAAUAUUGUUGGUCGUGUCCACAAUCCUGCACAGCAUAUUGUCCGCAAUACUUGUCAAUUUCCUGCACAAACUUUUGCUACAGGACCUGCUACCCCGCGGAACAAAUACAUCAUUAUCCUAUAAUACCAUUUUAUCAUUAUUAUGGAAGACAACCUAUUAAUUCCGGUCACAUUUAUUAUGUUUGGCGUAGAUUGUAUUUUAAAGCUUGUUUAAAGUAUUGUAAUUAUGAUGAUUUUGGCCGGUGUAUUGAUGUUUGCGAUUACUAUGCCGAUAAGAAAAUGAAUCAACGUACAAAUAUAACCAGUAGUACUAGUUCACCCUUAAAUACAACUAUAACAACUAAAGCAACAUCAAUGUCACCUACAAUUCAAGUAGAUACUGAAAAUGAUAAAAUUAAUAAAAAAACGACUACAGAAAAGGAAGCAACAUCAAUAUUACCAACAACUCAAUUAGAUACUGAAAACGUCACAAUUAUUGAAGAAACGACUAUAGAAAACAAAGCAACAUCAAUGUCACAAACAAUUCAAGUAUAUACUGAAAAUGCUAAAAUUAAUAAAGAAACAACUACAGAAAAGGAAGCAACAUCAAUAUCACCAACAACUCAAUUAGAUACUGAAAAUGUCACAAUUAUUAAAGAAACGACUAUAGAAAACAAAGCAACAUCAAUGUCACCAACAAUUCAAGUAGAUACUGAAAAUGUUACAAUUAAUAAAGAAACGACUACAGAAAAGGAAGCAACAUCAAUAUCAACAACAACUCAAUUAGAUACUGAAAAUGUCACAAUUAUUAAAGAAACGACUAUAGAAAACAAAGCAACAUCAAUGUCACGAACAAUUCAAGUAGAUACUGAAAAUGCUAAAAUUAAUAAAGAAACAACUACAGAAAAGGAAGCGACAUCAAUAUCACCAACAACUCAAUUAGAUACUGAAAAUGUCACAAUUAUUAAAGAAACGACUAUAGAAAACAAAGCAACAUCAAUGUCACCAACAAUUCAAGAAGAUACUGAAAAUGUUACAAUUAAUAAAGAAACGACUACAGAAAAGGAAGCAACAUCAAUAUCAACAACAACUCAAUUAGAUACUGAAAAUGUCACAAUUAUUGAAGAAACGACUAUAGAAAAAAAAGCAACAUCAAUGUCACGAACAAUUCAAGUGGAUCCUGAAAAUGCUAAUAUUAAUAAAGAAACGACUACAGAAAGGGAAGCAACAUCAAUAUCACCAACUCAAUUAGAUACUGAAAAUGUCACAAUUAUUGAAGAAACGACUAUAGAAAACAAAACAACAUCAAUGUCACCAACAAAUCAAGUUGAUACUGAAAAUGCUAAAAUUAAUAAAGAAACGACUACAGAAAAGGAAGCAACAUCAAUAUCACCAACAACUAUAGAAAAAAAAGCAAUAUCAGUGUCACCAAUAACUCAAUUAGAUACUGAAAAUUCUACGAUUAAUAAAGAAACGACUACAGAAAAGAAAGUAACAUCGAUGUCACCAACAAUGCAAUUAGAUACUGAAAAUGUUACUAUUAUUGAAGGAACGCCUACCGAAAAGAAGGUUGAUGAUGAUGAUGAUGAUGACGAAGAAAAUGGAAGUGGAGACAAAAUUGACAACCUAACAACAAUUGGUGAUGGUGAAACUGAUGAUAUUAAUUAA